AUGUUGUCACAGAUGAAUGUCACUGCCCCCACCAGUCCUCCAGUACAGCCAAACCUAAUGAACCCAACAGGUCCCUUACCAGAUGGUUGGGAGCAGGCCAUCACUCAAGAAGGAGAAAUCUACUACAUAAACCACAAGAACAAGACCACAUCAUGGCUGGACCCACGGUUAGACCCACGCUUUGCUAUGAACCAGCAGAGGCUGAGUCAGAGCGCACCAGUGAAAUCUCCUCCUCCGCUGGCCCCACAGAGCCCCCAGAGUGGUGUCAUGGGAGGUGGGGGCAAUCAGAUGAGGCUCCAGCAGCUACAGAUGGAGAAGGAGCGCCUCCGACUCAAGCACCAAGAACUGCUCCGGCAGGUCUUUGUUGAAUUUAAUAGUACACACGUUCAUUUGUCUUUACAGGAACUAGCUCUUCGUAGUCAGAUCCCAACCAUGGAGCAAGAUGGUGGUACUCAGAACCCAGUGUGUUCAUCGGGAAUAACUCAAGAGCUCCGCACGAUGACCAUGAACAGUUCUGAUCCUUUCCUCAACAGUGGCACGUAUCACUCCAGAGAUGAAAGCACAGAUAGCGGAUUAAGUAUGAGUAGUUACAGUGUACCUAGGACCCCUGACGACUUCCUUAACAGUGUUGAUGAAAUGGACACAGGUGAUGCAAUCAACCAAAGUAGUAUGCCCUCCCAACCGAACAGAUUCCCUGACUAUUUGGAAGCACUUCCGGGAACAAAUGUGGACCUUGGUACUUUAGAGGGGGAGGCAAUGAAUGUGGAAGGCGAGGAACUUAUGCCAAGUCUGCAAGAAGCUUUGAGUUCUGACAUCCUAAAUGAUAUGGAGUCUGUUCUGGCUGGCACCAAACUGGAUAAAGAAAGUUUCCUUACAUGGUUAUAG